AUGGGAAAGGGAAAUGAAGACCCCGGUCUCCACUGCUCCUCCAUCCAGCACCCCACUGACCAGCCCCCUUCCCCACAGAUCCUUACAGAAAGGGGCCCAGAUGAGAAGAAACCAUUCAAAGGAAAAGGAAAGACGGCCUCCUCCCAUUUCAGUGAGAAGCACAUACAAAGGCAAGCAGGAUCGGAGCCCAAUCCAAACAAGGAGGAGAAUUCUGAGGAAACCAAGCUCAAGGCCGGAAACAGCACUGCUGGAUCCGAACCAGAGUCCAGCUCAUACCGGGAAAACUGCAGGAAAAGAAAAAUCAGUUCCAAGGACAGCUGCCAAGACAGAGCAGCGCCCUGGCUGGAGCCCGGCUCCUGGUGGGGCUGCAGCCAGGUGGAGGAGGUGGGAUGCUGCCGCCUGGCGGUGCUGCAGCUGCGGACCCCCACGAGGAGGCUUCAUCUUGACCUUUCCCAGCUUCUAUCCACAGCUGUGCUCCAGGUGGGGAACACCUAUGGGUGCACCAGGGUGCAACUACUCAGAGCCCAGUGUGCUGAAGGGCCCCUGCUCUAUGCUGUUUCCAUAUCCAAGCCCAAGCUUGGCUAG